CAUGAUCAGAGUCCAGACAGGUCGGGCUCUCAUGAACUGUUCAGAUAGUUUGAUGAUUGGUGCUGUCUGUGGCUUUCUUAUUCUUCCUCUAUGGCUGCAGCUGAGUCAGGCUCCAAAUCUCUGUUCUCUCUGGACUCCUACCAUGUCUCUGAGGAGCUCGGCUUCAUCCUCCCUGAUCCUCUGGAAGAGCUCCCAGCAUUCUACCAGCCAUGGUUGGACAUUGCUCUCAGAGUCCCAGAGCUGGUGCAGUCUCACAAGUUACGCUACCUCAUUAACAAGAUGCCGAUGCUAGGCAGCCAGUUUCUACAGAAGCACAAAGAGUUACGUCUGGCCCACCUGGCCCUCAGCAUGAUGACUAUGGGCUACGUGUGGCAAGAAGGAGAGAACAACACAGUUGAGAUGCUCCCAAAGAACCUGGCUGUCCCAUUCUGGGAGGUAUCACAGCGCCUAGGACUCCCUCCAAUUCUCACCCAUGCAGACGCAGCUCUGGCUAACUGGAGGAAGAAAGAUCCAGAGGGUCCUUUUGACAUGGAGAACCUGGAGCUGCUAGUCAGCCUCCCUGGUGGAGACAGUGUGCGAGGUUUCUUCAUGGUUACUCUGCUGGUGGAGCUGGCUGCUGUCCCUGCACUGAGGAACAUUCCCGCAGUGAUCAACGGUGUCAGGUGUGGUGACACUGAGGCUGUGGCCAGAGCCCUGGAGGGCAUCAGCCAGUCUAUACAGGACAUGACAGACACAUUCAAACUGAUGCAUGUUUAUGUGGAGCCUCCUGUGUUCUACGGCAUUAUGAGGAUCUACCUUUCAGGGUGGAAAGACAACCCCUGUAUGCCAAAGGGGCUGGUUUAUGAAGGUGUAAGCACAGAACCGAUGGAGUAUUCAGGAGGGAGUGCUGCACAGAGCAGCCUGCUGCACUGCUUUGAUGAACUUCUGGGAGUUAAACAUGAAGACAAGAGCGGUGCCUUUCUAACCCGGAUGAGGAACUACAUGCCUUCUGCUCACAAGCAGCUGAUCCAGGACAUCUCGCUGCAGCCCUCUUUAAAGAGUUUCGUCCAGCAGCAGGACAGCGAGCAGCUUAACCAGGCCUUUCAGCGCUGUGUCACAAAUCUGCUGGCUUUCCGCAGCUACCACAUCAAUGUGGUCAGCCGCUUCAUCACUGUACCUGCUGCCCGCGCGCAACAACUUCGCAAAAAGAGCCAGGACUCAGGAGGAGAUAUGGUCAGCAGAGCACCGAUGGCUUUAGAGGAGAGGGGCACCGGGGGCUCGGGCAUCAUGACCUUCCUAAAGACUGUGAGGGAUCAAACAAAAGAUGCCUUCCUGUCAGAGACAAGCAAAGGAGUGAAGUACAACAGCUGACUUGGAUGUAUGACAGAAAAGUGUCAACCACAAUGUAAAAAGUCACUGAUAAAAUGAUAAAAUGUUUACAUGUCAUUAAAGCAUCAUUUUGGCAGAAAGUGA